GUCCCACCCACUUGUUAAAAGUGAUCUGCUCUACUAAAGACUAUAAGAGCAUUUCUGACCACUGAGAAGCACGGAUUACUUCUUCUCUUUGUUUAUCGGACAUGCAGAAAUGAGCUGGAAAAUCCGCGUGAUUGCGAAAUUACGGCAAGACCGCUGUAGGGAAGCCAAACAAACUGCAUCUAUCUUCAGUCAACAACAGAAUUCAUGUAGAAGUGGUGAAGAGCACUGUCUACCAAAAAUUAUUAAACAUGUCCGUAGGAGGAUGUCUCAGACGGUCAUCCCCAUGACUUCUUCAACCCUCGUCAUCCAGCUGCAGCCGGCGACACAAGCAGCUUCUCCUCUUCAAGGCCUUCAGGCGUUUCUCAAAGGACAACCCAAAGCCCUCGGGACGGUCCAGGUAAUGAUCGGUGUGCUGACUCUCCUGAUGGGCAUCGUGUCUACGGUUUAUGGAGAAAUCAUCAUUACCUACACGGCUCUUCCUUACUGGGGAUCUCUCAGCUACAUCAUCGCAGGCUCGUUCUGCAUCGCCGCAGAAAACAAAAUCAAUUCCCCCUCCAGUUUGUGUUUGGUGAAUGCUUCACUGGGAACAAAUGUUUUCAGUACUGUAGUCGCAGGCAUCAUCAUUAUUUUUCUUUCACUGGAUUUUGUCGUAUGGCCACACGUUUAUUGCCAAGAUAACUGUCAAUUGUUCACGAAAGACCAUGAGAUCUUCUACAAUGGAAUCAGAGGUGUGUAUAUGUUACUCAACGUGUCUGAGUUUAUCAUCUCUAUCUGUCUGGCAGCGUUUGCUUGUAAAGCCAACCCCUGCUGUGUUUCUCCGGUGCCGUUUACUCUGUUACCUUCCCAGUCGUCUGAUGUCAUUCACUUCCAGAAUAUUAACCACUCAGAGAUACCAGAGUCCGUUCAUCAUAAUGCAGACGCUCCUCCACAAUACUGUGAAAGCAAACCGCAUGAAUAAUGCAUUGUAUCACCUUGAGAAAUAAUAAUACUAAUACUACAAAUAAACAAGAUGGUAUAUUGAAUAAAAAAUGUCUGGACUUCCCAUGUAACUAAGUCAUCAUAUUUCAGUAUGUGAUAAUUAAAGAGUAAUGUAUAUGUUAAUAAUUUGUCAAGUACAACCAUUAUAAUUAAAUGAGAGGCUGAAAAUAGCAUUACUCUGCAUGCAAUUAUCAAUAGAACAGUGUAUUUCAACGGUUUUGACGAAUUUGAUUGCUUUUUACCUAUUUUAUAUAUUUUUAUGAUCUAAUUUUGGCCUGAUUUAUGGUCAAAAGUCCAUGUGGCAUCUGUUUCCUGUAUUCAUGACGCCGAUGUGUGACCUCCUGUGACGAGAUGUUCUUGCUUCUUACUGUUGGACCGACCCACCCCAGAUUGCUUCAUAUCAAAUGGUCAAAAAACAAACCAUGCUGUAAUAAAACAAGCGCUCUGGUUGUUCCACAUCUUUGAAUAAGAACAAGUAUGACUGAGAUGGGAGAAAUUGUAUUCGUUUGUUUUGGGUUGAAAGAGUCUUCCAGCCCUAUUGUGAGCAAUGUCUGGUGAACCGAUUAAAAUGACUAAACAGUGAAAAGGUGA